UUGACCAGAAACAGAACUGCCUGUGACAGAUUAAAAGACAAGCAAGGCUUGGAAUCUGAGAGCAAGCAAGGAGAGAGUGGAAAUUUACAGCUGCUCUGUGUGAGUGUUCCAGUGAUCAUUUUCUGCGAACGUUUUCGGGUGGUAACUGUUACUCCUCAAAGAAAGAGAAGAAAGUCAAGACACGGUUGUGGAAACUCUUUCUCUGCCCUGCUUUGGUAAUCGGAGGCAACCUCUGUCGCAGGGAAGAUACAGGCUACUUCAUCUGAAGUGCUCUGAAGCCAAGAGAGAGCUGUCUUCAGCACUUCACUAUGUGUCUACUUUUUGUGGCUUAGAGAAGCCUGGGCAUUUCUGUAACAUUCGCAUUCCAUAUUGGAAGAAGAGAUUUCUAUACCUGAAAAAAAUGCCCUUGUUUAGUAAAUCACACAAAAAUCCAGCAGAAAUUGUGAAAACGCUGAAAGACAACAUGGCCAUUUUGGAAAAGCAAGACAAAAAGACAGACAAGGCUUCAGAAGAAGUGUCAAAAUCAUUGCAAGCAAUGAAAGAAAUUCUGUGUGGUACAAGUGACAAGGAACCCCCAACAGAAGCAGUGGCCCAGCUAGCGCAAGAGCUGUACAACACUGGGCUGCUGGUGACACUGAUUGCCAACCUGCAGCUGAUAGACUUCGAAGGGAAAAAAGAUGUGACCCAGAUAUUUAACAACAUCCUGAGAAGACAGAUAGGUACUCGGAGUCCGACUGUGGAGUACAUCAGUGCACAUCCUCAUAUCCUGUUUAUGCUCCUCCAAGGGUAUGAAGCCCCACAGAUUGCCUUACGUUGUGGGAUUAUGUUGAGAGAAUGUAUUCGACAUGAACCACUUGCCAAAAUCAUCCUCUUUUCUAAUCAAUUCAGAGAUUUCUUUAAGUAUGUGGAGUUGUCAACGUUUGAUAUUGCUUCAGAUGCCUUUGCAACAUUUAAGGUAAAUAAUAAUUCUUCUUCUUCCACCUAUCCCCCCCCCGCCCCCCCCUCCCCGAAUCAGCUAGGGUCACGUGGCUAUGCAGGGCCUGCAGGUCGCGGGAGCCCAGGCCCCCCAGAGUGCUCCCCCAGUGGGGACACAGGGGGGACCCAGGGGCAGCAACCCUACAUCUGCCACAGCCCCUGA